AUGGGUACUUUCUGCAGCAGUAUAUUUAAAGACGGCGAUGACGGCCAGCAGGAGAAGGCUGUAGAUGAACCUCCUCGUAAACAAUUCCGAUUAUCUCACCUACGCCACCUAUUUGGCAAAAUGACUGGAAAUUCAAAUCGCAAAACCGCUCGUCGCCCCUCGUCCAAACCUGGGCGCGGGGUUGAAGUCGAUUUCCAUUUUCAAACGGCCAUGAUGGAUCAUGCCAGUCCGGAAGAGCAAGCCGCAAAUGAUGUCGUGCUACAGAAAAGACAAACCGACGACAAGCUGUUCUCUAAUGUUGAUGAACAAGAACAAGCGCAUUCUAUUACCGAUCAUUUCACUCGGAAUGUACGCAUAAUUGAGCAAACCCAGUUGCUUAAAGCCGCACGUCAUAUGCCUAAAGGCGCACAUCUUCAUCUUCACUUUAACUCUACCCUUCUUCCACAAUUUCUACUGGAUAUAGCCAAAGGAAUGCCAAAUAUGUACAUAUCGAGUGCUACUCACAAGCUACGAUCUAAAUCCGAUUUCGAUAAUUGUGAGAUCGUAUUCACACUUCAGGAUUACAGAAAAAUAGCAGGCAUGAAAGAGAAUCUAUCAUCCGACGACGAAGAUCCCCCAUGGUAUUCGUAUUAUGAAGACAUAUUUACUGCGGACGCAAUAGGCCCCAAUCUAUUUGAUGAAAAUUAUGAACCGCGCGGGCUUAUGCGCUAUCAAUAUUUCCGCGCUGAGUGGAAUGCUCAACGUCAAGGUCGACAAUAUAUGCAAAGCAACGCAACGGGUGCACACGGAUUAUGGGCUAUGGAUAUGGAUUGCGAUGAAUGGCUUAUAAGCAAGCUUAUAUUUAGCCGAAAGGAAAUCGACUUAAUAUUUAACCCAGUGAAGAAGCCAUCAGAUCAGACAUUGAAACCAGAGACGGAAGAGGAGAAAGAAGAGCGACAACGGAAAGCAGAAGAGGCGAAGUGGUCAAAGGAUAUCGAACUGGAAUUUCAUAACAGCCCAUAUAAAGAUGUUCGCCAGAGAGCAACGAGAGCAUGGGAGAAAUUUAACGGCCGCACUAGAAUGAUGAAAGGCCUAUUCAACUAUGAAAAGGCGUUUAGAGCGUAUACUAGAAAAUGUCUGGAGGAAUUUGUCAAAGAAAAUGUUCAGUACGCUGAGAUUCGGCCAAAUUUCAUGAAGAGCAACCAAGUUCUGCGAGAUAACGGAGCAGGGAGCUUCAAUAACUUUGGUUUAAUGGAAAUCAUCGUCGAAGAGUAUGAAAAUUUUAUGAAAGACAUCGGCGACAUGGAUGAAGAUGGACAAAUCAAAGAAAAUAGGAUGCUCGAUCCUCAAGGAAAGCCGAUUUAUUCGGAUAACAGCGAUAUUCCACUCGGCAACGACCACACGCCAUCCUUGGGGGGGAUGAAAGUCAUCUACUGCACACCGCGAUCUUUCCCUAAACCAAUGGUGAAGGAAGCACUAAGUGAAUGCAUACUAAUGAAGAAGAGAUGGCCGCAAUAUAUCGCCGGCUUUGACCUCGUAGGCGAAGAAGCGUACGAUAAGAGGUACCCGUUGAGGUACUUCGAAGAAGAGUUCAGACAAUUUCAGGAAGAUUGUCGAACGGAACAGGUUGAUAUUCCAUUCCUGUUCCACUGCGGCGAAACCCCUGACGAUAUCGAGGGCAAUCUUCAAUGUGCGCUUGAUCUCGACGCUAAGCGGAUUGGACACGGAUAUGCACUUCCCGGGAAGCCAGAGAUUAUGGAACAGAUGAAGGCGAAGAACGUUUGCGUCGAGGCGUGUCCCAUUUCAAAUAUGGUCCUAGGACUGGUGGAACAUAUGGACGAACACCGGAUAUACGAUCUACUUGCCCACGAAGUUCACUGUUCAUUAAAUAGUGAUAACGGCACUCUCUUUGAGUCUACACUUUCUCACGACUUUUAUGAAUUUAUGGUUGGAAAUCGGAAUAUGAACUUGUAUGGUUGGCGUCAACUUGCAAGAUGGAGCAUAGAUCACUCCUGCAUGAGCGUAGUUGAACGGGAACGAAUUUUGGUGGAAUGGGAAAGACGAUGGAGAGAAGAGUUUAUUCCCGAACUGCUUGGGAAACAGUCUGCCCAGCGUCCGACGAGGUUUGAUAGGUUGAGUAAGAUCGAGGAAAAUCGGCAGAUACGAGUGGCUGAGCAUAAGCUGUAA